AUGCUUGAUUCACAACCAUCUCGAUCAUCCUCCCGUCCGCCUCGGCCCUCAAAGUUACGAUCCAGCUGCGAUGCAUGUGGUGCCGCGAAGCUAAAAUGCGAUAGGGGUAAGCCUGAAUGUGAGCGCUGCAUCUCACUAGGCCUACAAUGUGUCUAUGGCAUUUCGCGAAAGAUGGGAAAGCCUCCACGACAAAGGGCUCAAAGCAGAACAGCGAGAUCUGAUAGCAAUGGUGGUGGCACUGAGAGUAUCAACGUGGAUGCUAGGCAGUUUCACAUACCAUCAGGGUGGGAUUCAGAAGCUAGCUACUCCGAUACCCGCGGUGGCGAAAUAGAUAUGCCAGAUAUUUUACACAGCAGUAUCUUCGGAUCGUCGUUUCCUGAAUUCAAGUCUUUAGACUUAGGCGAUGAUUUUCUUUCUGCCAAUAUCGACAUUGGAUUAAAGGAGUACACCGACUUUGCACCCCCAAAUAGCGCUCCACGCUCUCAGAUCGACGAGAAUAUGCAUGGGUAUUUUGAUAAUCCUCCUAGGACAGCAGCUGGUUGCAAAGGACAGGACUGUUCUCAAGAGGCUCACAAUAUCCUAACUGGCUUGUUACUCCUCAACCUUAACCAAGCACAUUAUGAGCAUCGACCAUCUUAUGAACCUCGGUCAACUCCGGGACCUGCACCACUAACGCCUAAUGUUGCCAAUCGUGUGCCUCUAGAUCAUAUUUUACAUCUCAACCGCGACUCUAGUAAACGGCUCAGCCGACUCCUCACUUGUUCCUGUGCCAGAUUCCCUCAGCUAGCGGUACUUUAUGCCUCAAUUAUCUCACAAGUUCUUAAUUUGUAUUAUGAAGCAGCAGAUUGCGCUACCCAGAAAUCGUUGAGCCCAAUGACCGGCCGACCUAGGUCUAUUUCUGGAUCCUCGUCACCCUGGUCGAAUCAGGGAGCUGGUCCAGUCAAUUCUGGUGACUUCAAUGCUCAGUUAAUGGCUAGAGCCGCAGCACUCGCCAUUGCUCCCACGCAAAUGACUGUCGGUUCCUUUGACAUCGAUGAUCAACAAGUACAAACUGCGCUAAGGAUUCAGUUACUCUUAGGCGAGAUCACGAAAAUUGGUUUUCUGAUUGAUUUAUUCACAUCGGAGAGCUCCAGUGGUCUUGACGAAUACAAUUUCGGCAGAGUUGAUGGUUUACACAAGAGCUUAAGUUCAUGGUUAAGACAGGAGCACUUAAGGGUAUCUGACAUCAUGAGAUCUAGACUCAAGGAUGUCAGUAUUUGA